CUUUGCGAGGCCCCAACUCAAAUCCCCAAAUGUUCUCAGGGCUGAAAACAAAAACAGCAUGGGUGCUCCUUCAAUAGAUGCACCUUGUGCCUCACACAAAAGCACGGAGGACUUCCUCUCCCACCUUCCCACGGGUGUACAGCACGCGGCCGCAAGCUGCAGCCGCCUCGAACCCAGUGGCGGCGGAGACCCCGGUCUGUGAGAAGAGGAGUGGGCUCUGUCCCCACGAGGGGCCGGCUCCUCUCCUGUCUGCGCCCAGCCAGCGUGCACGGUGGCAUGUGGCUGGGAUUAGGAAAUUUCACUGUGGAUUAAAAUCUUUCCAACGCCUCCAUGGCCACUUGCUGAACGAAGGGCGUUGGGAGCUGCAGCAUAACUCCAGCGAGCGGACGGGGCCCAUGGUCUCGCUUAGCAGCUCCAGGAUGUUCCAGCUGCUCCAGGGCCACAUCCAGCCAGCCGGGCACCGGAGCCGCAAGAACCGCCUGGUGAGCAAGGACGGCCGCUGCAACAUCGAGUUCGGCAACAUCGAGUACGGCGACCACUUGGCCUACGUGCUGGACUUCUGGACCACCUUCGUGGAGAUCCGCUGGCGCUUUGUGCUGCUUCUGUUUGUGGCUUCGUUCGCAGGCAGCUGGUUCGUCUUCAGCCUGCUGUGGUACUGGAUCGCCAAGAGCAACGGGGAUCUGGCCGGACAGAACCAAAGGGACGGACACACGCGCUGCAUCGACAACGUCAACAGCCUCACCACGGCUUUCCUCUACUCCCUGGAAACCCAGACCACCAUCGGCUACGGCGGCAGGGCCCUGACGGGGCACUGCGCCGGCACAGUGGCGCUGAUCAUCGUCCAGUCUCUAGUGGGCGUCUUCAUCAACUGUUUCAUGUGCGGCGUUAUCUUAGCCAAGAUCUCCCUCCCCAAAAAACGGGCCAAGACCGUGACCUUCAGCGACACGGCCGUGAUCUGCCUGAAGAAAGGCCGCCUGUGUCUGCUGAUCCGGGUCGCCAACCUCCGGAAAACGUUGCUAAUCGGGAGCCAGAUCUACGGCAAGCUGCUCAGGACGACCAACACCCCCGAUGGGGAGACCAUCAUUCUGGACCAGGUAGACAUUGACUUCUUGGUGGACGCGGGCAAGGAUAACUUGUUUUUUGUCUGCCCGCUGACCCUCUACCAUGUGAUUAACAGAUCGAGCCCCUUCUAUGAGCUGUCAGCCGACACGCUCCCGCAGCAGGACUUCGAGCUGGUGGUCUUCUUGGACGGGACGGCCGAGUCCACCAGCUCCUCCUGUCAGGUCCGAACCUCCUACAUCCCGCAGGAGAUCCAGUGGGGCUACAGCUUCCUGCCCGUCGUCUCCCGCUCCGAGGUGGGGAAGUAUCAUGUGGAUUUCUCCAACUUUUCCAAGAGCGUCCCGGUCACCACGCCCCACUGCGCCCACUGCUUCGAGACCGACGCGGACCAGCGCAACCACAACAGCCACAGCCAGCAGAAGGUGGGCAUUGACAACCUGGGCUUUCAGGCCAUCGACAUUCACGACUCGGUGGACAUCACUAAAAUGUGAAGCCCCGUCCUCUGGCUGCAAGUCAGUCAGCGAAGCGCCGCAGUACGGCGCGUCUGCGCACGCUGGUGGAGGAAUAUUGGUUCAGUGAGCAAUGUAAUUAUCAUCACCUCGUUUGCCUUGAACUGUAAAAACGCUGAAAGCCGCCGAAGGGACGCGAGCGAACGCUAAGCCGCUCAUCUCCAUCGAAUCACUGUUGGGACCCUGUCUCGUUAAUGUGUGGAAGCUGGAGGAAGAAGGAUUGAAGUUUUGACGGGUUGUAGAUGAAAGGGGUAAAAUACUGGAUGGCACAGUGGGUACUUCUUGAGAAGAUUAGGUCUUGAGCCUGUUAUAAUGAAAACACUGUGUGCUAUAAAAGGCUGUGGGAGCAAAUAAGAAGUAGCAUAAGCCUUUUAAGUUGCCUCAUUAUUCCUACUAAAACACUAACUGUGUGCUGUUUUUUUGUCACAAUGACAUCUUGUGUGCCUUGAUAAUUAGGAAACUGUGAACAUAGCUACUAAAUGCAGUGAUUUAAAUUGUGACCGGUCCACAUUUUGUAGCUUACACUGUGUAACAUCUCAGGGAAAGUAACAACUAUAGCUGGAAUAAACCCUUUU